AUGGAGCCCCGGGCAGCCGCGGCGGGCUCGCCCGAGCCGGCGGCGGCGGCGGCGUCCUCGUUUCAGGCCCGGUUCUGGAAGAACCUGCAGCUGGGGGUGGGCAAGAGCAAGGGCGGCGGGGCCGCGCGCGCGGGGGGCCCUGAGCGCCGCACUGCGGACACCCCGUCGCCCUCCCCGCCGCCCCCCGGGGGCCGGCGGGAUGCCCCGGCCGGCUUGGGUGGCGCGGGCAGCCGCUGGAGCGGCUUCAAGAAACGGAAGCAAGUGCUGGACCGCGUCUUCUCCUCCUCGCAGCCCAACCUGUGCUGCUCGUCGCCGGAGCCUCUGGAGCCCGGCGGCACCGGCCGGGCCGAGCCGGGGUCCACGCUGCGCCGCCGGAUCCGCGGGCAUCUGCUUCCCGUGGGGAAGGGGCCGGGGGCCGCCGCCGCCGCUGGAGCGACUCCUCCCGGCGGACGCUCCCCAGACUCGGCUCCCUCUUCGUCCUCCGCCUCAUCCUCGCUGUCCUCCUCGCCCCAGCCGCCCCCGAGGGGGGACCGCGCCCGGGAUGAGGGCGCGCGGCGUCGGGGCACCGCGGCGCACUUGUGCCAUCAGAAGAGUUCCUCGCUGCCGGGCACCGCCUGCUUGGAGCAGCUGCUGGAGCCGCCGCCGCUGCCGCCUCGCGCUGAGCCAGCCCAGAGCCCCGCGGAGCCGCGGACCCCGGAGAAGGGCCCGGAGCUCGGCAGCCGCGGGAAAAUAAAUACUGCUGGCACCAGUAAUGCAGAUGUCCCUUUGGCUGAGCCCGGAAUGUACCAAUUGGACAUCACAUUAAGAAGGGGUCAAAGUUUAGCUGCCCGAGAUCGAGGAGGGACUAGUGAUCCAUACGUGAAGUUUAAAAUUGGAAGAAAAGAAGUUUUUAGAAGUAAAAUAAUACACAAGAACCUCAAUCCUGUGUGGGAGGAGAAAGCUUGCCUUCUUGUUGAUCAUCUUAGGGAACCAUUAUAUAUAAAGGUGUUUGACUAUGACUUUGGACUGCAGGAUGACUUUAUGGGCUCAGCCUUUCUGGAUCUCACACAAUUGGAGUUAAACAGGCCCACGGAUGUGACCUUAACACUGAAAGAUCCCCAUUAUCCUGACCAUGAUCUUGGAAUCAUUUUGCUCUCAGUCGUCCUUACCCCUAAAGAAGGAGAACACGUGACAAUGCUAAUGAGGAAGAGUUGGAAAAGAUCAAGUAAGGAACUCUCAGAAAACGAAGUGCUUGGAUCUUAUUUCUCUGUGAAGUCUUUCUUUUGGAGGACAUGUGGCAGGCCUGCUCUUCCUGUCCUGGGCUUCUGCAAAGCAGAGCUUCAGAGUGCUCAUUACCAAAAUGCACAAUUCCAGACUCAAAGUUUACGUCUGUCAGACGUACACAGAAAAUCACACCUGUGGAGAGGAAUCGUCAGCAUCACAUUGAUUGAAGGGCGAGACCUCAAGGCGAUGGAUUCAAACGGGUUGAGUGACCCCUAUGUGAAGUUCCGACUUGGGCAUCAAAAGUACAAGAGCAAGAUUAUGCCCAAAACACUGAAUCCUCAGUGGAGGGAACAAUUUGAUUUUCAUCUCUAUGAAGAAAGAGGAGGGAUCAUUGAUAUCACUGCCUGGGACAAAGAUGCUGGGAAAAGGGACGACUUUAUUGGCAGGUGCCAGAUUGACCUGUCGGCUCUCAGUAGGGAGCAGACACACAAGCUGGAGUUGCAGCUGGAAGAAGGGGAAGGGCACCUGGUAUUGCUGGUCACCCUGACAGCUUCGGCCACUGUCAGCAUCUCUGACCUCUCCGUCAACUCCCUGGAGGACCAGAAAGAACGCCAGGAAAUACUGAAGCGAUAUAGCCCAUUGCGGAUAUUUCACAACCUGAAAGAUGUGGGCUUCCUCCAAGUGAAAGUCAUCAGAGCAGAAGGGUUAAUGGCUGCUGACGUCACAGGUAAAAGUGACCCGUUUUGUGUGGUUGAGCUGAACAAUGAUAGGCUGCUAACACAUACUGUCUACAAAAAUCUGAACCCUGAGUGGAACAAAGUCUUCACAUUCAACAUUAAAGAUAUCCAUUCAGUUCUUGAAGUGACAGUUUAUGAUGAAGAUCGGGAUCGAAGUGCUGACUUUCUGGGCAAAGUUGCUAUACCCUUGCUGUCCUUUCAGCAGCUGGGGGUCAAAGGUCACCGAGGGAGUGUAUUCAGUGGAGACCGCGAGACAGACGGCUGUCAUGUCCUUUUCCCGCAGAUUCAAAAUGGUGAACAGAAAGCCUACGUCUUGAAAAACAAGCAGCUGACAGGGCCAACAAAGGGGGUCAUCUAUCUUGAAAUAGAUGUGAUUUUUAAUGCUGUGAAAGCCAGCUUACGAACAUUAAUACCCAAAGAACAGAAGUACAUUGAAGAGGAAAACAGACUCUCUAAACAGCUGCUGCUAAGGAACUUUAUCAGAACGAAGCGUUGUGUCAUGGUGCUCGUAAAUGCUGCAUACUAUGUUAAUAGUUGCUUUGACUGGGAUUCACCCCCAAGGAGCCUCGCUGCUUUUGUGCUCUUUCUCUUUGUCGUCUGGAACUUUGAGCUCUACAUGAUACCACUGGUUUUGUUGUUACUGCUGACAUGGAACUACUUCUUGAUAAUAUCAGGGAAAGAUAACAGGCAACGCGAUACAGUCGUGGAGGACAUGUUGGAGGACGAGGAAGAAGAUGAUGACAAAGAUGACAAGGACAGUGAAAAAAAGGGAUUUAUAAAUAAAAUUUAUGCCAUCCAGGAGGUAUGUAUCAGUGUCCAGAACAUCCUAGAUGAAGUGGCUUCCUUUGGCGAAAGGAUAAAGAAUACUUUCAACUGGACCGUCCCAUUCUUAAGCUGGCUGGCCAUUGUAGCCCUCUGUGCGUUCACAGUCAUCCUGUACUUCAUUCCGCUGAGAUACAUUGUCCUUGUCUGGGGAAUCAAUAAAUUCACAAAAAAGCUUCGGAAUCCGUAUGCAAUUGAUAACAAUGAACUACUCGAUUUCCUUUCCAGAGUCCCUUCAGAUGUGCAAGUGGUGCAAUACCAAGAACUGAAACCAGAUCCUUCUCAUAGCCCAUGUAAAAGGAAGAAAAACAAUCUUGGCUAG